AAGGUCCGGUGCAGCAAGCACUUUGAACGCUCGGGAGCACUGUCAGAUAGCUGAUUUUCAUCUGCAUGAUGACUUGAAGUGCGUCCGCUUAACUCAUAGCUCCAAGAAAAAUACCCGCCUUCGGACUUGAAGCGGCGCUGUGCGCUUUCCAUCCUACAAUGCCACCUCGCGGCUUUGCAAACCCAGCCCCAAAGACCGAAUCUGCCCGUUCCGCGUUGAAUUCUUUUACCUGUACGCUAUGUAACAAAUCUUACUCGCGUCACCCGGAAUACGAGGCCCAUAUCGGGUCCUACGAUCACCAGCAUCGCAAGCGGCUCCAAGACCUGAAACAGUUGUCUCGCGACCCGAAUGCAGCGGAAAAGGCUCGUCGAUCAGAGAGAAAGGCAGACGCAGAGGCAGGCCUCCGAGUAAUCGACUCGAAUCCGAGUGGUGGCCCGACGAUAGCCGGCUCGUCAACAACAACAAUAACGUCAACAAGCGGCGGAGGGUUCAAAAAAGGCGGAUUCAAGAGUUCAUUCACUUCGGUCAAGGGCCCGGUUGCGUCAACAUCUUUAACAAAAAGAAAUGUAUUAGGCGACGACGAUGUGGAAGAUACCGGGGAGCCGAAAGAUGUCUUACCAAAGGAUAGACCCUCUUCAGGGAAACCUACUGCUACUCACCAUGACGCAGAAAGUGACACAGAUGAAGACUAUACGAUAGAUGCAGGCGAAGGGGGUUAUUAUGAUCCAAGGAAGCCGACGGGUUGCUUUACAGGCUGUCCAGGUGCAGUGAACGCUUAGCAGAAAGAAGGAAUACACUCUUAAUAAGGUCAAUCAAUUAAUCACUAGAUUAUUUAUGACAUUAAAAGAUUCUUUUCAAAUAGAAGCAAGAGCAGAUGGGU